AUGAUCACGUCUGGCUUUACGAAUGCGCCUGUGUCGCAGUUCCUCGUCUUCGGCGUCGUCAUCGGCGCCCUGGUUGCGAGUUUGACCGACACGCGGUACUACAUACAUAUCCAGGUGGUGCCGCACAUAUGGAAGUAUGGCCAGUUUUGGAGGUUCUUGACAUGGCAGAUAUGCUUCACCAACUCCACCGAGGUGUUGUUUGCAGCGGUCAGCCUCUACAACCUGCGCGUCAUCGAGCGACUUUGGGGUAGCCGCAAGUUCGCCUCCUUCCUCCUCGCAACUCUCCCCUACACAACCCUCCUCCCCCCGCUCAUUCUCACCUUCCUCCUCCGCCCGCUCACCUUCGGCCGCCUCAACUUCCUCCCCGCCGGCCCGACCCCGAUCAUCUUCGCUCUCCUCGCAAACUACUACGCCGCAAUACCCUACACAUAUCGCUACAAAAUCGCACCCUACUCCUCCACACCGCCCGCCACAUCACCCUCAUCGCCGAACGCUGCGCAGACAGCCACAAGCAUCUGGGCGAAAUCCAUCACCUUCACUUCAAAGGCGACAACAUACCUCCCACCGCUGCAGCUCGCGCUAUCGCAGUUCCCGGGCUCUUUGCUGGGGGCUGCCGUCGGGUGGGCAAUCGGCACGGCGUACAGGCGCGACGUGCUGCCGUAUGCGAGUAGCUGGCGUGUACCGGGGUGGAUGGUCGGCGAAGAGAAGAAGAGGGGUUUUGAGGGGCUGAGAGCGAGGUUGGAUGCGGAGAGGGAGAGGGAGGGUGCUGGAGGCGGGCUGGCCACGGGUAUACUCGCUGGAGAGACACAAGGGGGGCAGGCGAGGCAGAGGCGGACGCUGGGCGAUAUGGUUGCUGAGCAGUUCCGGGGGAGGGGAUAA